AUGGGGUGCUGCCCAGGGGAUUGCUUCACCUCCUGUCCUCAAGAGCAAGACUGCUGUGAAGCGUGCUGCUGCCAGCCCUCCUGCUGCGGCUGCUGCGGGCCCUGCUGUCGUUCCUGCUGCGGCUCGGGUUGCGGCAGCUGUGGCUCGAGUUGCGGGGACAGCUGCUGUGGGUCCUCCUGCUGCGGAUCUGGCUGCGGGGGCUGCGGGGGUUGCGGAGGCUGCUGUGGGAGCUGCUGCGGGUCUGAUUGCUGUGGCCCCGUGUGUUGCCAGCCCACGCCUGUCUGCGAGACCAAAUGA